GUGGACUUCAAGCUGCUGCAAGACUCUCAAUUUUAUGUACUUAAUCAACUGGUUCAGCGUUGCGGAAUAUGGCCAACUCAAAGUUCGAGUAUGUCAGGCAGUUCGAGCAACUGGAUACCUUGCUGCCCAACACAUGGAUCGUCGUGAGGAUUGAUGGCCGAGGUUUCACCAAGUUCGCAAACAAGUAUGCCUUCGAAAAACCAAAUGACAAAAGGGCGCUGGAGCUCAUGAACGCCGCGGCCAAGGCAGUCAUGGCCGAGCUUCCAGACAUCACAAUCGGAUAUGGGAUCAGCGACGAGUACAGCUUCGUACUUCAUAAGACCUGUACUCUCUUCGAGCGAAGAGCAAGUAAGCUCAUUACAACCAUAGUGUCGACAUUCACCGGGUAUUACAUCCAUUUCUGGCCGACCUACUUUCCAGAUACACCACUAUCUCCGCCGCUGCCAAGUUUUGACGGCCGCGCCGUCUGUUACCCCAGUGUCCAGAAUCUGAGAGACUACAUGAGCUGGAGACAAGUCGACUGCCAUAUUAACAACCUCUACAACACGACCUUUUGGGCGCUCAUCCAACUCGGCGGCCUAGAUGCCAGGGAGGCAGAACAGACCCUUGCUGGGACUCUUGCUGCCGAGAAAAAUGAGAUCUUAUUUUCUAGGUUCAAAAUCAACUACAACAACGAGCCAGAAAUGCUCAAGAAGGGAAGCGUUAUCUUCAGGGGUUACGAGCUCGUCGAACCUGGGUCUCAUAACGUGGCAGAGGAUGUCGAGAACAUUGCGGAACCCAUCCAGCAGUCCAAGACGCAAUUGGAGAGCGAUAGGAAGAAGCGCGUAAAAGCUCAGAUCACGGUUGAGCAUCUCGACAUCAUCAAGGAUGAGUUCUGGGAUAGACGACCUUGGAUAUUAUCGAACAAGCCCGGGAAAAUCCCAAAGCAACCAUAAUGUGGCGAGCUCCCAUUGCUCAUUGCCUCGCAGCCUACAUGCUCGAAUCUAGAUAUGGUGACACAUUAUCUUCUAAUGCUGAACCCCGGCCGCGCUAUGUGGCUUUGUUUCGGGCUUUCCGAGAGACCUCAGACG